AUGCGCUAUCGGUAUUAUAUGCACUAUGCAGAGGGGAGUCUCAUGUCGCCGAUCCAGGUGCAGCUGAUCAUGAAUGCACUGAAAAAUGGCCCCGUCCCCUUCUUCAUCAAACCCAUCACCGGGUUCAUCACCGACAAAGUCAGCGCCGAGUUUCUUGACCAAGAGCUUCGCACCCAUUUCCGCUUCCUUGAGGACCAGCUGGCGUCUGCGCUGGAGGAGGGGCCGUUUCUGUGUGAUUCGCGGCUGACUGCGGCGGAUAUCCACAUGAGCAUCCCUGUUCUGGCGGCGCUUAAUCUGUGUAUCAUUCCGCGGAAGGAGUAUCCGCGGUUGGAUGCUUAUGCAGCGGAGAUUCAGAACUCGCAGGGUUAUCGACGGGCGGUAGAGAAGGUGGUGAAUGUUGAAGGGAAGCCUUUUGUCCCGAUCUAG